ACCGUGUCAGUAAUGAUAACAAGAGGCUUGCCAUGCAGACUUCAAAUGUCUCUCGAGUCUAUUCUGUCUAGAUAUUCCUUGGGGCCUCUUUUUACUUCACGCCAGUCAUCUUCCGCCGCCGUUGCGCCACCGCCGUUUGGCUGGUGGCUUGCUAGUAAUUGCUAUAAUGGAACCGCUUCCGAGGCCUCCCGCCUCUUCUCCUGAUCCUGAGCCUGAACGCUUUCUACGUCGCCCUUCGAUCGAAAUAGACCUCCGACAUCCUACUCCCGACCUCCAGACUCUCCAAGGUGCAUACAUUGCCAACGUCGAGAGGCUUGAAGACGAGGCGGAGCGCAUGAGCACGAGCGGCUCUGAGUUGGGCGAAGAGAUACGCAAGCUUCAACUGGAACAGAAGCGAUCAGACAGCCGCAGGUCUUCGUUGAGGACCGCUCCUUCAGAACGGCCUACGACAAGAUCACGGAACGCCUCGACGAGUUCUUACGGCAAUUCUAUACUAGACGUGAACAGCACAGCUCGUUGGGGAGGCUAUUCGCCGGGCGGCUUUCUUGCCUCUCCCCUUGGAUCAGUCCACUCGGGUUCCUGGUCUGUUGCUAAUAGACAGCGGUCGACGUCGAGGGCGUCGCGUCUCGGCCAGAUGUCACAGUCGAAUCUGAAAGAGGCGGCCCUUCAAGGACACCAAAUACUUCCAUCCCCCCCUUCGCUCACAUCGCCGCCCCACUCCUCUGUCACGCGACCUUUGAGCGAACACGACGAAGAGCAGGGCGAGUCUUCCACAGGGGGCUAUACACCGAGAACGCCCCUUGGUCUCCAUGUGGUGAGCGGAGGAGUGCAAGACGAUCGUGCUGCGACAAGUCCUGGAAAUGAGAGCACUGGCAGGCCUGGCUCGGCAGGCUCGGGUGACACAUAUCAACAGGCUCGUAUGCUUUUCCACGAUUUUGACGGCGCAUACGAUCACGAAAAUGACGACCAUGAUGAGCACACACAUGCAUACAAACAUGAACACUCGCGCCAACCACGGCACACGCUGAACAUUGACAGCAGCCCCAACAUACAAGCCAAAGAGGAGGUCCGUGGGGAAGCUCUUGCGCAGUUGGAAGGGCUGGAUGGCGAAGGAUUCAAGCAUGAUGCGAGCCGUUAUUCGCUGAUGCCAUCCUUGCCAGGGCCAGCCUUCGAGGCAUCUCCGCCACCAGAGGAGGGCAUGGUCUUCUACCCAGCUCCGGUGCCUCGCAUGCUAAACUUACCAAAACGGCUGUCGCACAUGCCGAAUCCCAAUCUACAAGCGAAGCGCAGGACCCAGAUGUUGAGCGGGCUGCCGGCCGAAGCCAGAAAGUCAGCAGUUUGGUUAUCAGAUCCGAAAGACAACGAUAAAGCACGCUCACCGAAAUCUCCGGAUGAAGCUCGAACGAACGCUCGUCGCAGUCAGAUGAACCUGGCAAGCCUUCCGCCGCAGUUGAGAGCGAGUGUGUUUUUCGACCACCAGCCGGUAGAGGUCGAUGUGCGGGGCGAAUCGGCGACGCAUGCGCUGGACAACAUUCUAAAUGCGUCGACGCGUGCAUCUGUUAGUGCCUUCACCGAUCACCCGUACGCGGGUCAUGUGGGUAACGAGGUGUACGGCAAGGCGGCCAUGCGCAAGAGUACAGUAGCGCUGCCUGAAAGUCCGAAAAAAGAAAACAAGAACCGGAGUUCCUGGCAAAAGCUACGCUCCGCAUCAAGCACUGAUGGACUGAACAAGUUGCAAAAGCGGAGCAGCUCUCGCUUGAGUAUGAACAUGGACAAUGAGCAGCUUGCCAGGCCCGAACAGGGCGAAGGUGAUGCUAAUUCACAUGAGGUGAUUGAGGAUCCCCACUUGAUGCAUCGGUCUGUGAAUGGAGAUAUCGAGCAAGAUCAAGAAGACGAGGCGGAAGAAGACAUUGAGCCUGAGGCUUACCACGGACCACCAACGACUCUACUCGCCGAGUUGCAGAUCAGGAAAGCACAACAGAAAACUCGCAACAGGACAGCAGCAACAGCAUUUCCGAACGGGAUGCACUCUACUCUACUUCAGAUGGAUGCUGUGGCGCAGAUCGAAAAGGACAAACGACGGACGCAGCGCGUGAAUCUAGCGUGGGAGGAUCCGGCAGCCAGAGCGGUUGAUGAACACGAUGACGACGACGACGAUGUCCCAUUGGGAAUGUUGUAUCCAGGGCGGGAUGGACUUGCGAAUAAGAACAGCAAGGAGCAACAUUCCCGCCGUGGGCAGCAUGAUCAACCGAUAGGUCUCAUUGAGAAGAGGCAAAUGGAAGACAACGAACCCCUUAGCAAGCGGAGGAACCGCAUCAAGGGCAUCGAGGAGAAGCCGGCGGCUCGCAGAAAAUCGAUACCGCUGUCUGCAGUGCAUAGUGCUGAGCAAGUUCGAGCAUCGACGCCGAUCGAGCCACGAGUAGACGAAAACGACGAGCAAGACCCGGACGAGGGUGAGACACUAGGGCAGCGACUCCGACGGCUGAAAGAUAAAGCCAAUCUGGAUUCUGCUCUGGGUGACCCGAAAGAACGUCCCCACAGUGAAGCUUUUUCGGUCGAGAUGCUUUCGCAGCUCGGCAUCCAAGAUGAGGCUACUGCAGGUUCAGAGCCGGUUGCACCAGAAGACGAAACGCUUGGGCAGCGUAGAAGGAGACUCCAAGCUGAGGCUCUGGCUCGGGGUAACACCCUGUCAGAGCUUCAGCCCAGUGGCAUGCACCUUACCGUUCCACAGGCAGCCACGACGAGACCUCCUCUCCGGACGUCUCACAGUAUGGCAGAUAUCCUGGCAGCGCACCCGACUCAUAACGCGGCACGCAAGGUGUCCAACGACAUGCUCCUGGGAUCAUUGCCUCAGGGCAGUCUUCUACACCAGAGCGAAGCCACGCGCGCGAAACAGAAGCAACAGAUCUAUGACCAGAACAGACGAGUCUCAUCAGUGGGCCUCAGUAAGCCGCUGCUCGAGGUUGGCGAGAAGGACAAAGAAUGGGACACACCGCUGGGGCUGCUCGGGGCUCAGAGCAGAGCGAAUGCGGCACGGCAAAGCUCGAUGAUGGCAAGCAUGCAUCCGACGAUAAAUGCGUCGAGCCCGAACCUCAUGCAACAUGGCAACUUCAGCCAGCCGAACAUGCCGCAAAGGAGCAUCAACAUGAGUAUGCCCCAUCUCGGCUACGGCUACCCCCAGGCUGCACAGCCAGGCAUGCCAAUGAUGGACCCGUAUGCGAUGCAGCAGAUGCAGAUGUUCUGGCAACAACAGCAACAGCAACAACAGCAGCAGCAGCAGAUGAUGCAGAUGGGCGGGAUGAACGUCCCACACUAUGCGGCGGGAAUGAAUAUGGGCAUGCCGAUGGGCAUGCCAAUGGGGAUGCCGAUGGGAAUGGGAUAUGGAGCGACUGGACGACCGCAUCAGAUGACUCAAGAAGAGGUCGCCGCCAUGGAUCCGAAGCAGAGGGACAUGAUUGACCGGUGGAGGCAAGACGUUGCGUGAUGGAUACCCGCCCUCUUCAACACAAUAGACACAUACAUCACUGUACAAUACUAGCGAUUUGCAUGCCGAGGCGCUUCUCAUACGGCCAUCAGCAUAUACCGGCGUUCUUUUUUUGCUCAGUCGACUCGCCGGACAGAGCAUCGCUUUGCCGGGUACAUAGCCAUCAGAGGUAUCAGACAAAUAUUAGACAGGACCAUCAUUCUGGC